AUGGGUAUAAAAGGGCUUUGGGCUGUGUUGACGCCUUACAGUGAAAAAAAGUCUUUACAUGAACUAAGAGGAGAAACACUCGCAGUCGAUUUAUCAGGAUGGGUGUGCGACAGUCAGAAUGUUACUGAAUACUAUGUUCAACCAAAGUUAUAUCUAAGAAACCUUUUCUUCAGAACUGCUUACUUAAUUUUGGCAGACAUAGACCCUGUGUUUGUUUUGGAGGGGGAUGCACCGGAACUUAAAAGAGAUGUCAUGGCAGUCCGUAAUCAGAUUCAGUUUCGCGGUGCAGCACCUCGGUUAGAAUCCAAUGGUGCAAAUAAAAAACCAGAUGUCGCCAGGAAAAGGUUUAAAAAUGUGUUAAAAGAAUGUGAAUCCCUGCUAAAGUGUUUAGGAGUUAGAUGUAUCAAGGGCCAUGGUGAGGCUGAAGCCACUUGUGCUGCACUUAAUGCACAGAAUCUUGUGGAUGCUGUAGUAUCUCAAGAUUCUGAUUGUUUCGCAUAUGGCGCAAGACGAGUGUAUCGUAACUUUAGCGUGUCUAACACUGGAGGCGGUGGCGCUCUUCAAGGAUCGGUCGACUGUUACGACGCUGAUAAAAUGUAUAACAAUAAUGGAUUUGGCCGCAAAAAGAUGGUUGCUCUUGCCCUUUUGUGUGGUUGUGAUUACGGUGUCGGUGCAUGCGGUUCUUCCAUAAAUACAGUGGUAUCAUUUUUGCACAAUGUACCUGAAAAUGAAGUUAUUCCUAGGCUACUUUCAUGGGUAACAGAUGUGCAAUGUUAUGAAGAACAAAGCCGCUGGCUUGCAGCACCAGGGCGGUGUGAUCGGUGUGGUCACUUUGGGCGCACUCACGGCAGGAACGGUUGCCCCAUAUGUGUCACGCACCGUGGCUGCAACGAUACGGGACAUAAGACAAAAAUAUCAGAAGUAAAACGUGAGUUAUCUUUGAGAAAUCGAGCACUCACAUGUGGCUCUGCGUUUCCAGAACCUAAAGUUAUGAAAGAGUUUUUAAAUACGCCGCCAGAGAUUGUAGAUUUAGAUAAGUUGAAAAAACCUACACCCAGUUUGAUUCAGUUUGUGAAAUUAAUGACAAAUAAAUUGGAUUGGUCAGAAAGAUACUGCGUGGAAAAGUUUUUGCCACUGCUUACAAAAUGGCAUUUACAGGACUAUGUAGCUAACAGGACUAUUCAAGCCACACUUAUAAAAAAAAAAAGAAACCCGAGAGGUGUUCCAAGUUAUGAGGUUGUAUGGGUUGAUAUAGACAAACAAUACGAAGAACUCAUUCCUGAUGACCAGUUUGAAGAAGGUGAGGAUCCAUUAGUGGCAUGGACAACAAUCGAAAGACAAGACCUUAUGUACAAAUUUUACCCAAAUAUUGUAGAGGCUUAUGAAGAGUCCAUAAAGAAGCCUCCCAAAGAGAAGAAGACUAGAACUCGUAAGAAAAAAAAUAGUGAUAAUCCUGACAAACCUAAAAGAAAGUAUAACAGGAAAACUAAAGUCCCACAAAUUGAUGACUUAAAUAAGUCGAUGCAAGCUUUAGAUGUAAAAGCUACUGAACAGAACACCAGCGUAUUAAAUGUCAGUGUUCCUGUGAAGACGUUGAAGAGAAAGAUUAAAAAUAAUACAAAGAAAGGGCAGAAAACGCUCACAGGUUUUAUAGCAGUUAAAAAAAGACGAACGAGUAAGAAAAUAAUGCAGUCACUAACACAGAGCUUUAAAAACAUUUCUUUAAAAGUACCUGAGGAAGACAGAGAUCCUACACCCAAACAUAUAAACGAUUUUUUAGACGAUUUAUUUGAUGGAAAAGAAAAUGCUCUUCCAAGUGUUGAAAAAAUUAGUGGAAAACAGUUUUUAAGUAUGUUAAAUAAAACCGAUGAUGAUGUGGUGGAGAGUGACCUUUCAGAUAUCAUUGACAAAAUAGUUACUAGAACUACAGAAGUGAAAACUACGAAAGUAGAAAAUAAUUUAGUUAGACUUGUAUUCAACUCCACUACCCCUAGGAAGAUGAUUAAAAGAAAGUCUAUUGUUACUGAAAUACUAAAUAAUUGUUCUACACCUAAUGAUAGCCCAGCUGGAAAUCGUAAAUUUAGAUUUAGUGUUAAUAGUCCACUUCAAAAAAAUAAGUUAAAUUCAUUCAUUCACAACAACAGCCCCAUUGCUAAACACAAAUCUAGAUUUAAUGUCACUGAUAGUAAUUUAAGUGAGGUCAGUUGUAGUAAUUUAGUUGGUAAAGUAAAUACGACUAAUUUCUUUGACAAACCGACGGAAGAUGCUGAUGCAUUUGAGAUGUCUCUAGCACAUAAAAGUGCUGUUGUUGUUCAUUUAGAUUCAACUGUUGAUUACAGUUUGCCAGAUAUUUGCAUGUAG